GCAAGCCUGGGGUCCGGAUGUCAGCCUGGCUGCCGCUGGCAGUGUGACCACGGGCGGAUUCCCUCACCUCUCGGACCCUGGUGUCUGCCCAAGGCCAGUGGCAACACCCGCCUCAUCCAGAUGUGUGUGAAAUUCAGGAAAGUAACGCAGAGCGUGGCUCGCAGCGGGCGCUCAGUUAGAGCCGGAUGCGCCCAGAGGUGCGCUCAAGGGGCCAGACCCCCCGCAGAAGGAGGCCCCCCGAGACUGUCCCUGCCGGGCCAGUGCGAUGGCUGAGGAGGUGCUGGUGACGGGAGGAGCCGGCUACAUCGGCAGCCACACGGUGCUAGAGCUGCUGGAGGCAGGCUACUCGCCCGUGGUCAUCGACAACUUCCACAAUGCCAUCCGCGGAGGGGGCGCCAUGCCCGAGAGCCUGCGGCGGGUCCAGGAGCUGACGGGCCGCAAGGUGGAGUUUGAGGAGAUGGACAUCUUGGACCAGGCGGCCCUACAGCGUCUCUUCCAGAAGCACAGCUUUGUGGCCGUCAUCCACUUUGCGGGGCUCAAGGCCGUGGGCGAGUCGGUGCAGAAGCCCCUGGAUUAUUACAGAGUCAAUCUGACUGGGACCAUCCAGCUUCUGGAGAUCAUGAGGACCCACGGGGUGAAGAACCUGGUGUUCAGCAGCUCAGCCACCGUGUAUGGGAACCCCCAGUACCUGCCUCUGGACGAGGCCCACCCCACGGGGGGCUGUACCAACCCCUACGGCAAGUCCAAGUUCUUCAUCGAGGAGAUGAUCCAGGACCUGUGCCGGGCAGACAAGGCCUGGAAUGCAGUGCUGCUGCGCUAUUUCAACCCCACGGGAGCCCACGCUUCUGGCUGCAUUGGCGAAGAUCCCCAGGGCGUCCCCAACAACCUCAUGCCCUACGUCUCCCAGGUGGCGAUCGGGCGUCGGGAGGCCCUGAAUGUCUUUGGCAAUGACUAUGACACAGAGGAUGGCACAGGCGUCCGGGAUUACAUCCACGUGGUGGAUCUGGCCAAGGGCCACAUCGCAGCCCUGAAGAAGCUGAAGGAGCAGUGUGGCUGCCGGAUCUACAACCUGGGCACAGGCACAGGCUACUCGGUGCUGCAGAUGGUCCAAGCCAUGGAAAAGGCCUCUGGGAAGAAGAUCCCGUACAAGGUGGUGGCCCGGCGGGAAGGCGAUGUGGCUGUCUGUUACGCCAACCCCAGCCUGGCCCACGAAGAGCUGGGCUGGACCGCAGCCUUGGGGCUGGACAGGAUGUGUGAAGAUCUAUGGCGCUGGCAGAAGCAGAAUCCUUCGGGCUUUGGCGCACAGGCCUGAGGACCCCCCACCUCUCCAUGGACCAGAUAAGAGAAGGAGAAGCAGCCGCCCUGCGCUCCAGCCUCUGGCGUCGGGCCAAGCCAAGGCCUCCCCUACCUCAAACCCCAGGUGGGCCGGCUCAGCCCACCAGGAAGGAGGCCGUGGGCUCCACUGACCAGGAGCCGGGCCUCUCUCCACUCUAUCUUCCACAGGGUCCAGCAACUCCCAGGACCAGCGAGAGCAGGGAGGGAGGCUCUGGGACCAAACGCCGCCUCCCCCCGGCACUAAUUUAUACUGCUACGAAGGAGCUCUCCGAAGUGUUGACAAUAAACGUUUCUCACACUGGGCAGCCGGCAGAUGGUCACUCUCCACG